AUGGAGAUGGAGGAAAAAGUGGAACUCUGCUUUCCAGAACUCCUCAACACCUCCUGCAGAAAGCCGACUCUUCCCUGGUCUGAAGCUGUGCUUGUUAACACUCUGCUGUCGUCGUUCUCUCUGAUCACUACAGCUCUCAACCUGCUGGUCAUCAUCUCAGUCUCCCAUUUCAGGCAGCUCCACACACCCACCAACAUCCUCCUCCUCUCUCUGGCUGUCUCAGACUUUCUGGUGGGUCUCCUGCUGAUGCCGGCUCAGAUCUUUAGAAAAUCUUCUUGCUGGUUUCUUGGGGACCUCUUGUGUUUUCUGUAUAAUUGUUUUUCCUUCAUCAUCACCAGCGCUUCGAUAGGAGACAUGGUGCUUAUAUCAGUGGACCGCUAUGUGGCUAUUUGUGACCCUCUGCAUUACCCCACCAGAAUCACUGUGAGAAGAGUCAAACUCUCUGUCUGUCUGUGUUGGUUCUUCUCUCUUCUUUACAGCUGUGUCAUAUUAAAGGAUGACCUGAAACAACCACGGCAAUAUGAUUUCUGUUACGGAAAAUGUGUACCUUUCAUGGAUUAUAGUUCAAAAGUCGUUGACCUUGUGAUAACAUUUAUUGCUCCAGUUACUGUUAUUGUAGUUCUGUACAUGAAUGUAUUUGUGGUUGCUGUGUCUCAUGCUCGGGCCAUGCGCUCUCAGGUCACUAUUAUCAGCCACCAGGCUUCAGUGACUGCAACAAGAAGGAAAUCUGAGUUAAAAGCAGCCAGGACUCUUGGUGUUCUUGUAGUUGUGUUUCUAAUAUGUUUCUGUCCAUUUUACUGUGUCUCUCUAUUAGGGGAUUACCUAAUGAAUGUAUCAUCUGAGUCUUAUGUGGUCAAUAUGUUUUUCUUAAAUUCUUGUAUAAACCCUGUGAUAUAUUCAAUGUUUUACCCCUGGUUCCGAAAAGCUAUUAGACUCAUUAUUACAUUGAAAAUACUGCAGCCUGGAUCCUGUGAGACUAAAAUGCUCUAGAGACACUGUGUAGAAACUACACUGAACAUGAUGUUCCUCUCCAAUGUUCUGAUUCCUGAAUCAUUUUAAAACA